UACGUCAAUUUCCCCUUCAGCGUCCUUAGUCUGGGGUAGUGCGGGUCGCUAUUACCUAUCUGGGCGUGUUUGAUUUCGCUUGCCCAGCGACAAAGCGACAAGGAGCUUGCUUCGGACAUCCGCCUUUUGUUCUUUCCUUGUACACUUCUGUCACCAGCGCUUCUUCACACGCUGUGGAUGAGUUUGGCGAUAUAUCAUCACGCUCACAAUAAUAUCACAAAGACUUUUGGUCGCCCCUUACUAACACACAAUCUCGUCAACAGCCACCACCUCCUGUCGCCCCCAACUUCCCCACUCACAUCGCACGACAACAUCCUCCCUUCAGUCAUCAACACCAACACAGUGAUCACCGCAAGGGACAUCAGCCACGAUGGGUUGCGGUAUGAGCACAGAAGAGAAGGAGGGCAAGGCCCGGAACGAGGAGAUUGAGAACCAAUUGAAGAGAGACAAGAUGAUGCAGCGCAAUGAGAUCAAGAUGCUCUUGCUAGGUGCCGGUGAAUCCGGAAAGUCCACCAUCUUGAAGCAGAUGAAGCUCAUCCACGAGGGCGGCUACUCACGCGACGAGCGCGAGUCGUUCAAGGAGAUCAUCUUCAGCAACACAGUCCAGUCGAUGCGCGUCAUCCUGGAGGCGAUGGAGUCGCUCGAGCUGCCACUCGACGACCAGCGCGCCGAAUACCACGUUCAGACUAUUUUCAUGCAGCCACAACAGAUCGAGGGUGACAACCUGCCUCCGGAGGUUGGCAACGCCAUCGAGGCGCUUUGGAAGGAUGUUGGUGUCCAGGGCUGCUUCAAGCGCUCCAGGGAGUACCAAUUGAACGAUUCCGCACGAUACUACUUCGACAACAUCUCGCGCAUCGCCCAGCACGACUACAUGCCAAACGACCAGGAUGUCCUGAGGUCUCGUGUUAAGACCACGGGUAUUACGGAGACCACAUUCAUCAUUGGCGAGCUCACAUACAGGAUGUUCGACGUCGGUGGACAACGCUCUGAGCGUAAGAAGUGGAUCCAUUGCUUCGAGAAUGUCACCACCAUUCUCUUCCUGGUCGCCAUCUCCGAAUACGAUCAACUUCUCUUCGAAGACGAGACCGUGAACCGCAUGCAGGAGGCUCUCACCCUGUUCGACUCGAUCUGCAACUCCAGGUGGUUCACCAAGACGUCGAUCAUCCUGUUCCUGAACAAGAUCGAUCGCUUCAAGGAGAAGCUUACCGUGUCGCCAAUGAAGAACUACUUCCCCGACUACGAGGGUGGAGACGACUACUCGGCGGCUUGCGACUACAUCUUGAACAGAUUCGUCAGCCUGAACCAGCACGAGGCAAAACAAAUUUAUACCCAUUUCACUUGCGCAACCGACACAACGCAGAUCCGCUUCGUCAUGGCGGCUGUAAAUGACAUCAUUAUCCAGGAGAACCUUCGCCUCUGUGGCCUGAUCUAGACGCACGAACCAUCCGGAUACCCAAUCUCGUUUUUAUCAAAGCACACAUCGAAUCCACACACACGGCGUUACUGCGUUCUGAGCAUGUUUCUUGGUGUCCACCCACACAGCGCCUGACGCGACAUUUGGGUCUCUCUGUAUUUGGCUACUAUACCAAUCAUGCGUCCCCUUACGAGCGAAUAAAUCCACCUGAAAUUUUCACACCAAUUGCAUAUUGCCUUUCACGUCUGCCGCCCAAAAUCCACUCUCUCAAACCUUCCAUAACGACGAGAUUGACCGAACCCACUUCCGAACCGGUUGAUUUAUAAAAGAAUACCUUUCAAAAUGGCGGGCUGGAAGACAAGUUGCAUUGGGUGCGAUAAUUUCACGUGGACCUACAAUUAUUCAUCCCUCAAGAGCGGGUCGUCGUCCCCUUGUUGUAUGAAAUGUUUUUUUCGCCCACCACAACCCAUUUUAAUGUGUCUAUUUACAACCUUUUCAUUCCCUUGUUUCCUUUAUAGUGCUUUGUGUCAUCUUACGAUCUCGACCGGCGCAUGACUGAGAUUCUUUCCCCUUUGAUUUUUUUGCCAGGGAUUUGGCGGAAGGGGAGGAUCAACCAUGUUCUUUUUUGGUUUCUUUGUUAGUAUUUUUACAUAAUGGGGAUUUGAGAGCCAACUGAAAAAGAGGAAGACGGAGGUGGGAGAGGAGGGAUGAAUGAAGGGAAGGGAAAGGGGGGGAUUAUUCACGAUGCGUUUAUGUGAUGAUGGUUGGAGGGGGAGGACUGUUAUGGUUUCGGGAGAUAGGAGAGCAAUGUGCGUUGGAUCUUCUUCUGUUGGACUUGUGGCGAUGUGAUGGGGGGAGAAUGAAUAGGAUUUUUGUACAUGUUUGUGUGUGUGC